AUGUCCCCUCUUGGGCGUGCCCGCGACAAGCAGUGUGUUUCUAAGGAACGAUCUCAGCGCGGUGCUAAGAAAGACAACCCUGCUAGCGACGGAGAUGUCAUGGAGGUCCGACCAAUAGUGCGUUCCCUCCGGAGCGGCAGGCAACAAACGACAACUGAAACCCCUGCCAAGAAUGAAGGCUUGAAGACCGAAGGCGGGGACGGUCCUACGCAGGUAUACAAGACGACGCUGGAAACGGAAGCGGACCUCCCGGAGCCUCACGACCUUGUCUAUCGCCUCCGCACAGCAAAACGCCCCGAGAACAUGAAACACCUGACGCUAUUCAACGCGGACGGCGUUGGUUGUGUCGUGGAAGCUUCGGACAUCGUCACCAUCGCCGACGGUGAAUGUAUCACCGACGCCAUCGUUGACUUUCACAACGUGCUACUGAGCAUUCGGUGCCCCACGACGCCCAACGGCUCAACAUGGGCCGCCGUCGACAGCAAGGCUUUUGACUACUGCAACUCGUUCAAGAAGCCUUACACUAUGGGCAACUCUUCUCGAAUCUUUGACGUGGACUUCUUGGCCAUUCCGAUCUUCAAAAGUUCGCACUACUCGCUUAUGGUCGUGCCGUCCCCAAAGCGGCUGCUACGCGCCACCACGGAUGAAGCCACUGGCCCUUUGGAGUUGAUCUUACUCGACAGUUACGGCACGCACCGUGACGACCCAUCUGUGUUUGAUCGCGUCAAACUGUUUCUGGAGCUAACCGCCAAGGACUUACACACGGAGUGCGAUGAAGCCACGAUUGUUGCAAAUCUGAAGGAGGCGAAACCCAUUCCGAUGAAGAAGCAUCAGGUGCAGCAGCAGGACAACACGCAUGAUUGUGGCAUCUUUGUGUGCCAAUUUCUGAAGGUGUUGGUGGACACUGACUUCAAGACACUACGAUCUUACCUGUACUUGGGGGGCGUCAGUGCGUUGGAGAUGCGGCGGGACAUGCGGGUGGACCUAUGCAUGCAUGCGGCGGAAGACCUUAUACCGACGCUAGCGAGGCUGGGAGUGGUGGUCCCGAGGCAACCCGCCCCCAGGGUCGCGAAGCAUGGGGCGGUAGUCGAUUCAGGUGCGGAGGAUGGCAACACGAAGCUAACACGGAUGCAGGUGGAGCACUACAGUAUGAAGCGGGACUUGACGAUCUGGAAGGCAGCUGUCACAGCUGUUGGAGCGGCCAUGGGGUACAGUGUCGACCAGCUCAUUGCUGGAGCUGCCCACGUCCUGCAGCAGCAAGCUUCCGAUGGGGAAGCGGCGACACCUGGGUGCAGUGGGUCCACUGCACCGUCCACGCCCAACCCACGUGCAGGCGCGCGGCCAGGAGCCCCCGACAGCCCCGGUUCCAAAGGAGAACCUCCUGUGAGUGUUGGCCAGGGUGGUGCUGGCACCACAAAUGUCGACCUAGGGGUGGUACAUCCCUGCCCGUCCCCGCUGCCCGUGCCGGCGAAGCCGUUAUGGUCGCAGAAGGCAGCCCCGGUGUGUGUACCCUUCACGCAUGAGGCAGCGCAUACGGUCGUUCACCCAGGUGGGACGAAGCCCGUGGUAUUGGCUAUGCUGGCAAAGAGGAAACGAGACGACACUCCUUCGCCCGGGAGUGAUGCUGAGGGCGCCGUCCCCGCUAGCAAAAGCAAGAGUAAUGGACAGGGUCGGAGCUCCAAAUGGAAGGGUGUGCGGAAAGAGAAACGGGGGAGGUGGAGCGCCAAGAUACUGUUCUGGGAGAAGGAUAAGCCCAAGCGCACCCAGAUGAGGCUGGGUGCGUACAACAAGGAAUUGGAGGCAGCCACUGCGUACGCAGCAGCUGUGCACGUGGUCAAGGAGGGGCGACGUGUGUCAGGGACAGUGGAGCUGUCGGAUGAGGAGAGGGGGCUGCUGAAGGGGUGCACAUUGUCCGCAGUCAAGAGGCUGGUAAGGGGCAGACAGUGGUUUCGAUGGACAGAGUGGGAGACGGCACUGGCGGACUGUCCGGAGGAGGACUCAGGCGGGGAGGGGGAAACGCACUCCGAUUCACAGGAUGAUCAGGCGGCGGAUGCGCAUGGAGGCGCCGCCAAGGAGGUGGAUACGGAGAUUGAGAUGGGCGGGGUGAAGAAGGGUGUUCCUGAGGCGCAGGUUGGGAGGGGAACGCCGAAUGAGCUCAAUGAGGAGGAGGCGGAUACACUGGACGGAGUGGCAGAACAGGCGGUCGCGUCGGUUAUGGCGGACGAGAACCCGGCCGCGCACGACACGGCGGCGAAGGCGCCGAGGCCUUCGGUGCCGGACAACCCUUUCGUGGCGAUGCCGAGCGUGUCAGGGCAGCCGGCAAGUGGUUCUCGGCGUGAGGAGACGUCAACUAACGACAACGUCGUCAUUAGCCGCGCCGAGCUCGAGGCCCUGAAGGCGGCCAGAGACGACGGCGAACGGCGGAUUGCGCGCCUGGAGGCGUUGCUGCUGUCCGCACAGGAUCCCAGGACGCAUAACAAGAGGCAGAGAUGCUCCGAGGACGCUUCAUCCGCGGAGGGGGAUGAUGUGGAGGCGGAAGCGGAGCCCGCGCCGGUCCGCCGUGUGCGCAAGAGGCGCCAUAUGAUAGAGGCGAGCUCUCCCAUACUCCAGGAGGCAUUUGACUUCAUGCCGGCGGGCAAGGCGUGGAAGGUGAGGGUCCAUUGUCUCAUGCGGUUGCUCUGGCAGAAGCACUGCGACUUUGUGCGGGAGUACCUGUUUAUCGAGCGGGGAAAUGAUGCUAUGACAUUCUACCCCAGCAGCUACGACAAGACACUGGGGUUAUGCUGGGUCACGCCACGGCUGACGCUGAAGUUUGCUGCUGUCGCGUUGUCGGCAGACAAAGGGCGACGCGAUGACUUGAACAAGAGUCUGAGCCAGUGGAAGACGGAGGUUGCAGGCCGUGUACGAGACAUUGCGCUGCCGCGCAUUGGACUGUGGCGCGACGAGCGGGAUGCGAAGAGUCCGUGGAGACGCAAGGAGGCCAGGGAGGCCGCGGAGGUGCGGACUCGCUAUCGCGUUCUGGACGACGUCAACGAGGAUCUAACACUGUCAACCUGGAGCGAGAGCAAGACCGGGAUGAUUUUUGCUAGUGGGGCAUUCACCGCGUGCGCCGCCACCGCAUUCCGGCCAAAGAAGGUCACAGGGACAGUGAAGGUGAAGCUGUACCAGUUGGCGUGGCUCGAGCACGUGGUGACGGACACCAUCCUGAACUGGGACAAGCGCAAGGGGCGUCUGUCAAAUUCAGCAGGCGGCAACGCGCAGGUGGUGAACGGGCUGCAGGAGGUAGCCGCUGCGGCAGUGGCUCAAGCGAUCCAGGAUUUCAAGCCAACGUACGAUGCAGACGAGGCGGCGUGGGUGUGGGGGGAACAUGGGUUGAUGCUGUCGUCGGAUGGGCUUGAGCACCUGGUUUCCGGCCGGUAUGCGCAUAGGGCUCCAGUGGCUGAUGAUAGAGCAUCAGUUUCCCUGUAA